GUCGUAAUAAAGAUCUUACGGAGGCUGAAUGCUUUAUGGUAGAAAAGCUCAAAAAAGAGGGCAUGUCUGCUGCCAAAAUUGAAUAUAUUCUUGAAGAAGUAUAUGAUCAAAGUUGUACACAAGCAACUGUUAAAAGUGGUCAAAAAUCAAUUAUGGUUUGGGGAUGUGUAAAUGGAUAUAAUUUACCCCAUUUGGUUCGCUGCCCACCACGUAUGAAUGGUGAAGCAUAUGGAGAAAUUAUUGUGGAUGCUGUUUAUCCCAUAAUUAUGGCUACAGACGAUGCAAUAUUUCAAGAAGACGGAGCAAGAAUUCAUAUAAGUAAACCAGUAAAAAAAAUUAAAGCAGAGCUUGGAAUUGUGCCUAUAAAAUGGCCUCCGUAUUCUCUGGACCUUAGUCCUAUUGAGAAUGUUUGGAGAGAAGUUAAAUGUUGGAUUCAUAAGAACCGAAAGCCACGUAAUCAACCUGACUUAGAAGAGGCUGUUACUGUGGCAUGGAAUAAUGUUGCAUUUGAAACAACUCUUCAGUUUAUAGACUCAAUGCCAGAUAGAGUAAAGGAAGUUAUUAAAAAAAAAAGGCUGUGGGAUCGGUUGGUGAUUAUUCAUAAAAUAAUAAAGUAA